AUGAAGAAGUCCCAGGUAUUCGUUGUCGGUCCGGGCUACACCGGCCGCGAAAUCAUCGACCUCCUGCUGCUGGAGGACCGUUACGAGGUGACGACGUUGGUUCGGCGCGAGUCCGCCAUUGCCGAGUUCCAGAAAGACGGAGUGAAGGCGGUCCUCGGCCAUCUCGACGACGUCGACGUCAUCCAGCAACUGAGCGCCAAGAGCGACAUCAUCUUCCACACCGCCACAGCCGACCAUCUGGAAUCCGCGCAGGCAAUCUUGGCCGGCAUCGAGGAGCGCGCAAAUCAGGGAAAACAAUCUAUUUACCUCCACCAGAGCGGAACCGGUGUCUUGAGCGACAGCUCGCCUGGGAACAACGUCAACAACGAGGUCUUCUCGGAUAAAACGCCGGCACAGAUAGAUACGCUGGCAAGCACGGCGCCCCAUCGAAAAAUCGAUCUCGGUAUGCGCACACGUGCCUCCCCGGCGAGUCUUGACGUUUCAUUGCUAAACGAUGUGGCAGCCAUCUUGGAGGCCCGCCAGAAGUUGGGCAGCAAGGCCAGGAUCUUCAUCUGGAUGCCUCCUCUUAUUUACGGCAGCAAUAGCAGGCACAAGCGUCACUCCAUCCAGGUUCCGGCCUUGACUCGGUUUGCUCUCAAGCACGGCCAAGCCGGUUACGUCGGCACCGGCACCAAGACCUGGGGUGUCGUGCAUGUCCGUGAUCUGGCCAAGGCCUACGUCCAAGUCCUUCACUGGGCUGAGACGGCUCCGGAUUCCGACCCCGAGCUGCAAAACCCCUACUUCUUUUGUGAAAGCGCCCAGGUCACUUGGGGUGAAGUGAGCGCCAUUGUGGGAAAGGGCCUCCACAAGGCCGGUCGCAUCGCCACGCCCGAUGCGCGACCUGUUCUGGAGUCGGAAUACGGCGACCUCUUAGGUCGAGACACGCCGGAUGUCGUCGGGUCCAACAGCAGGAAUCGGGCUGACAGGCUGCGAGCCAUGGGAUGGACGCCUGAGCACUUGGGUCUUGACGAGGCGUUUGAGAAGGAAGACCUCCCGGAGUUGUUGUUGUCCGAGGCGUGA